AUGUGCCUUUUAUGCAACAAAGUUUUGGGCAAUGACGCUAUGAAACCAUCUAAACUGCAAGAUCAUCUGAGAAGAUGCCACCCUGAUAAAACAGAGAAAGAUUUGAAAUACUUUCAAACACUCAAAGAUAAAUUUCAGAAGAGACCUACAUUGGACAGAAUGUUCGCUUCGACGUCACAAAGAAAUGGUGAUGGUUUGCGGGCGUCUUACAAUAUCUCGUUACUGACAGCAAAAUCCGGACAACCGCAUACUAUCGGAGAGAAGUUAAUUUUGCCAGCCGUUGAAGAGGUUUUAAAAACUGUUUUACACAAACCUGCAUCUGAUAUCAUUAAAAGAAUUCCCUUAAGCAACAACGUAUUGAUGAAAUGA